UGGGUAUGUUGGCGGCUGGGGCCGUGUCAUGUUGAAUCAUGUAGACAUCGUGGCAUCUAUCGUAGUUUCCAAGACUCGUUUUUGUUCUUAUUGCUACCUUUACGUAAAGAUAUAUUGAUAUUGCCCAAGAGCGCCACCAAUGCGUGGGCGCUGCAUGGAAAUAAACAUCAGAAGAAAAAAAUACAUAGAUGUAAGCGACACAAGGUCGUCCUAGUUCGUCAUCUGUUUUUGCCAUCCUUUGCGUGCAGAAAGAAAAUAGAAGAACUACUCAGCAGGAAAUCGAUCGUGCGCGAACAAAAAAAUGGGCGAUCAACAGGACGAGUUCGUCAUUUCCGACCGCGUGUUGAAUAACAUGCGAUCGAUUCUAGACGGGGACAAUAUGCUUCCGGGCAUGGAUGUGGAGGGCGACGCGCUGCGGUGUGCCGCCGAUGGGCGCCUCUUCACGUACACGCAAUUUCAGCGGUUCUUUGGGCCGAACAAGUUUGACAUUCUUGAUGCAUGGAAGGAGGCCGAGCCCCGCACAGCCGUGCACCGCGCCAAGCAGGACGAUUUACUGGCAAAGCUGUGCAGCGAUAAGCAGCAGCUGCCGCGGCGGGGGUCGGAACUGCAGUCCCCCCGCCGAGACAUUGGGCGGGUUCGAGACCGCGCGGUGCAGUAUUUUUUCGAGUUGAUCAAGGUGAACGACGUCGAAGGAGUCAGGAAGCUGCUCGACUCCGGCAUCUUCGGCGAUCAGCCGCACCACAUGACGCCCGGAUGGCAGACGGACCUCCCUCGAGAGGAGUUGAAAUGGACGACCUUGUUGCUGGCCCAGGACACCGAGGGAUGGGCGGCGCUGCACCUCACGGCCUUACACGCUUCCGCUGAGGUAGCGACGCUGCUGUGCGACCGCUUUCCCUGGCUGAUCGAUGCGCGCCCCGACGCGAGGUUACGGGCAACGCCGCUGCACUUGGCCGCGGAAAGAGACCACCGCGACGUGGCGAGGGUGCUGCUGAAGAAGAAGGCCAAACUGCAUGCGCUGAAUGCCAUCGGCGAAACACCCAUCGAGAAGGCAAAGCAGUGCGGGCAUUUACGCAUGGAGCAGCUCCUGGUGGGGUUUGCGAUUGCCAGGUGGCACGGCAGAGAAACGUGA